UCCCAUGGUGUGAAUUUCGUCUUUUAAAGAUUUCUCCUCUAUAUUAUCGACGCACCGCGUCCGUGUCACUGCCAAUCAGUAGCCCUAGGCCCUAGCCGCGAUCAUGUACGGCUGCGACGUCGCGACAGAUCCCGUGACCAUGCUGGCGGCGAAACCCGUGCCGCCCUACGGCCGGCGCGCCGGCCUCGUGCCCAGGCGGCAGGAGGACUUCGGCGCCGGCGGGGCCUUCCCCGAGGUGCACGUCGCGCAGUACCCGCUCUCCAUGGGCCUCCGCGAGGCGGCGCCGGGAUCCAACGACGACGGCGUGCUGGCCGUGACCUUCGACGUGCGCGGCCGCGUCGCGUUCGGCGCGGUCGUUCGGCAGGGCGAGAACGCCGCCAAGAUCGUCUACUCCAGCCACGCCGACCUCGUCCCCAGGAUCGCUCCUGCGCACGAUCAUCAUGACGCCGCCGCCGACGAGGACGAGGACGAGGUGGAGGCUACCACCGCCCGGACGCGGGCCGCGCUGCAGGCGAUCAUCGACGCUCGCCGCUCCGCCGUACAGCCGGCGCGUAGCCGGGACGAUCCAACGCUUGUCAAGUACAGGCCGGCGCGGCAGUCGGCGGCGUUCAACUCGGGCGCGGAGGAGCGGAUCGUGAGGGUGGAGCACGCGCAGGAGGACCCGGUCCUGCCGCCCAAGCACAGGCGCAGGCGGGUGCCGCGCCCGGCCGGGUCGCCGCCCGUCACCGUGAUGCACUCGCCGCCGCGUCCCGUGUCGCGGCAGGACAUGUCGGACUGGAAGAUCCCGCCGAGAGUUUCGGACUGGAAGGCGGCGGCAGACGACCGGCGGAUGCAGGACGUGCAGGUCAGCGACGGCUUCGCCAGCCUCUCGGAGGCGCUGUACGUCGCGGAGCAGAAGGCCAGGGAGGCCAUCCAGACGCGCGUCCAAGUGGUCAAGGAGCUCAAGAUGAAGGCCAAGGAGCAGCAGAGCCAAAAACUGCGUGAGAUCGCGAACAGGGCGCUCAUGGAGAUGGCGUCCGACGCUGCUGCGGCGCCGCCAGUGGAUGCGGAGUUGAGCCAGCAGAGGAUACAGCGCGACAUGGUACGCGAGGAGCGGCGGCGCCAUAGGGAGUACGAGAAGCGGCGGGAGGCGUCGGCGUCGGCGUCGAGCGGCAAGAAGAGCAGGAUCACGAGAGAUAGGGACCGGGACGUCGGUGAGAGGAUUGCCCUGGGCAUGGCUAGCACCGGAGGCGGCGCCGGCGCUGGUGGCGAGCUCGCCUACGACGAGCGGCUGUUCAACCAGGACGCGGGGAUGGACUCCGGGUUCGCCGCGGAUGACCAGUACAACGUCUACUCGGGGAGGCUCUUCGCCGUGCAGCCGGCGGCGCUGUCGAUGCUCUGCAGGCCCAGCAAGCACGGCGACUCUGCUGUAUGCGGCGGCGCGGAUGAGCACAUCGAGAAGAUAGCUAGGACGGGCAGGUUCAAACCUGACAAGGUGUUCUCUGGCGCUCCGGAGCGGCCUGCCGUCGGCGAGAGGGACAGGCCAGUUGAGUUCGAUAUGCCUGAGGAGUGUGGAGAAGCCGAUGAUCCCUUCGUCGAACUUGAUCAAUACAUGGCUAAGGUGAAGGAGGGGAAGAAACAUUGAGAAGAUGGUAAUAGCUAGCGCUCCUGUGCUAUGAACUGGUAGCUAGAGCUAUGCUUCAUGUGAAACAUGAGAUUGUUGUUUAUGUGAUCUUGGGUCAAACUCAAACGUUUGGCUGAAAUUCUGUUAGGCUCUCUGUUUGUUUGAGUAAAAUUGGUCUAUUUAUAGUCGGUAAUGAUACACACCGAGCGUCCGGACUAUCGGACGCCGA